AUGGUAACCUUCACAGCCACUGGUAAUGCUGUCCUUGCCCUGCAGUUGUGGUUGGAACAGGUAGCACAUUUCAAUGUGCACCUCCUAAUUGAAGCAAAGUUAUCAGAUACACUGUUCGUCUCUGAGGUUAAGAUUAUGCUUUCCAUGCCUCCAGUUAUGAAUGAUCAGGCCCGGAACAGCUCAAAGCAGUCCCUCAACUGGCUCUCCUCGGACAACAGCAACUCCUCGAUCGCAACCUCCGACCUACCCACGGGGGCAGUCAAUCCCUGGGACAUCGCCCUCUGUGUGGUGGGGACUGUUAUCUCUUGCGAGAAUGCUAUCGUGGUGGCCGUGAUCUUCUACACGCCGACCCUCAGGACUCCAAUGUUCAUCCUGAUCGGGAGCUUGGCUUUAGCUGAUCUCCUCGGAGGAAUGGGCUUGAUCCUCAAUUUCAUUUUUCUCUACUUGCUGAACUUCGAAGCCGCUCGGCUGGUCUCGGCUGCGCUCCUGAUAGCCUCCUUCUCGGCUUCAGUCUGCAAUCUGCUGGCCAUCACGAUGGACCGUUAUUUGUCCCUCUAUAACGCCCUAACAUACCACACAGAGAGAACCACCACCUUCACCUACCUGAUGCUCCUGGCUAUAUGGGUCACAUGCAUCACUCUGGGAUCACUGCCCAUCGUGGGCUGGAACUGCUUGGAGGAUGAGUCGUCCUGCAGCGUGGUCAAACCCAUCACCAAAAACAACGCCGCCGUCCUCUCGGUGUCAUUUCUGCUGAUAUUCGCCCUAAUGUUACAACUCUACGUUCAAAUCUGCAAAAUCGCUUUCAGGCACGCCCAGCAGAUCGCCGUGCAGUACCAUUUCGUGGCCACCUCCAACACCUCGACCAGGAAAGGGAUCUCGACUUUAUCUGUCAUCCUGGGCACCUUCGCUGCUUGCUGGAUCCCUUUUGCAAUCUACUGUUUGAUUGCAGACUCCAGUUACCCGCUGAUCUACACCUAUGUCACCGUCCUACCAGCGACUUGCAAUUCAGUCAUUAACCCUAUCAUUUAUGCAUACCGGAACCCUGAUAUCCAGAAGUCGCUCUGGGUGGCUUGCUGUGGUUGUAUCCCAUCUAAUUUUUCAUUUAGACCAAGAUCGUCCAGCGACGUAUAG